AUGACAAACGACUCUAAGACUAUUACCGUCGGUGUGCUUGCUUUGCAAGGUGCUUUUAUUGAACAUAUUCAUAUGCUCAAAAGAAUUCCGAAGGUUAAAGAUGUUAUUCCUGUUAAAACUGAAGAACAAUUAAAUUCUGUGGAUUGCUUGAUUAUUCCAGGCGGUGAAUCCACUUCUAUGGCACUCAUUGCUGAACGUUGUAAUAUGUUGGAGCCUAUUCGUGCUUUUGUUCAGAAGAAGCCUACCUGGGGCACGUGCGCAGGCAUGAUUAUGUUGGCAAAGGAAGCAACAGGCGCUAAGAAGGGUGGCCAGCAAUUAUUUAACGCUUUGGAUGUGGUUGUUAAUCGUAAUCAAUUCGGAUCACAAAAGGAAAGCUUUCAAACAAUGCUUCAUUUACCGGAAAUUUUGGGAGAGGAACCAUUUGCGGCUGUGUUUAUUCGUGCUCCAGUCAUUGCAGAGAUCAAGUCACCCAAAGUUAAAGUAGUUGGUCGCUUAGAACAAAAACAUGGCCAAACAGAAGCUGAAACAGCAGUGGCAGUGUUGCAGGACCAUCUCUUUGCUACAGCAUUUCAUCCAGAAUUAACUAAUGACCUUCGUCUCCAUGAGUUCUUCGUCGAUAUGGCAGUUAAAUAUUUAUAA